AUGGCAGUGUUUGAAAAGGUGAAAAAUUAUCUUGCAUCAGAAACCGAACAUCUCAAACAAUGUCAAAGCAAGCAGCAUCAGAAGAUCUCCAGUAUCCAGGAUGAAGCCAAAAGUUUGGAGCAUCACAUAACAUCAGCGUUUGCAAAGAUGCACGUGUUUCUUUGGGAGAAGGAGCACCAGCUGAUCCAACAGCUUAAGGAGGAGUUUGAAAAAAUUCUGGGAAAAAUGGAGGAAAAAUUAAGAAAAUUUGAGGAGAUGAAGAAGGACGUUGAGAGACAGAUAUUUGAAAUUCAGUCAAAAAUGGCGCAAAAAGAUCCUCCACUUUCACUGAUUGAAAUCUUGGAGAAGUGUAAAUGGAUUUUAAAAAGAAAGGAUGAAGAAAAUACGUCUAACACUGCUCUGGUUUCUGAUAGCCUGAGUCUUGGGGUAUAUAAAGGCCCCCUGCAGUACAGAAUUUGGAAGGAAAUAUCAUUUGACAUUAGACGGAGCUUGUCUCACUUGAUCCUGGACCCUAAAACAGCACAUCUUAAUCUCUUUCUGUCUGAUGACCUGACCAGUGUGAGGUACUGUGAUGCUAAACAACAGCUCCCUGACAACCCUCAAAGAUACAAUUCACUUCUCUGUGUGCUUGGAGCACAGAGCUUUACAUCAGGGAGACACUACUGGGAAGUGGAGGUAGGGUACAAGACUGACUGGAAUGUGGGAAUCACCAGACAGUCCAGCAAAAGGAAGGGCCAAUUUGAUGUGAACCCAGAACAUGGCUACUGGAAUGUAGCUCUGAGGUCUGGAAAUGAGUACUGGGCUCAGGAUUCACCGCCCAAGAACCUCAACCUUUCUGUGCAGCUCAAGAAAGUUGGAGUGUACCUGGAUUAUGAAGGGGGUCAGGUAUCAUUUUAUAAUGCUGAUGACAUGUCCCACCUCUACACCUUCACUGACACCUUCACUGAGACACUGUAUGCUUUCUUCAGCCCUUGCAAUAACUGUGGUACAGUUGCAGAACCAGUAACAGUAAAGUUGUAUUUAAAACAUCCAUACAUCUAGGCUUAUUGAAAUGGAACUUGUUCAUGUAUCCAUCUGAGAAAACAAUAUAUUUUCCAACUCUAUCCUCUAGGUGAAAGGGCUUAAGUGAUGAACACUGGACAUAAACAAGGAUUUUUCUCUACCUGUUAAAAAUACAGCAGUGAGUCAGUGACGUAAUUCCAGUCUGGCAAUUCCCUGUUCAAUAUCUGUUGUCAACUGUUUCAGCAGUUACUAUGUAACACUAAAAUGCAAUUAAACAUGACAACAGACAGUUUAUUCAAUGUUUAAAUGUCUUCAUCUAUAUUGGUAUUAAACAGUCAUAUUAGUAAAGUGAAAUAAUAGCAACAAACUCUUUUUUUUCCUUUUAAAAUGUAACUUUGCAGUCUGCUCACAGAGCAGUUUCUUAGGUCUAGUAUUUUUUUAGAAUCACCACUGCUUACAAAUCCUAUUAGCCAGUAGACACAAUAAAGGGGUAAUUGGGUAUAUUAAGGGAAAUGGAAGCAAGAUAUAUCACUAGAAAAUGAAUUCACUGGUUUGACAAAAGGCAUAUUUGAGUUAUGAUUAUAAAGGUAUAGGUUCAAGGGUCAGUACUAGGCUAACUGCCCUUGUGGGCUAUUUUAAGCCUAGACAAUUACUUCAGUUGAGAAUCAAACCAUACACCUUGUGUUUUUAAGGUAAACACCUUCACCAUUAUGACAACCUCCAGCCUCUACUUCAUAUUCUGUGUGAUGGGGUGAGGUUUAAGAUAAUUGGAUAUUUAACUCAUUCCCUCCAAUGGAGCCCUUUUGAGUUUGUACAUAAACUUCAAAUGGGCAUGGCCUGAGCCUUUUGAAAAAAAAAUGAAGUUAUUGCCUUACAGUACAAACGUCAAUAUCUUUACAACUGUAAAUGGUAUUAGAAAACUGUAAAUGGCAAACUUUUCAUCACAAAGUAAUCUUUACAGUGGCUGCAAUAAUUUGAUUUUAGGUCUAAAAAUAAAGAUAGUAAAUAACUGGAAAUGCUCUUGCUCCCAACCCUCUACUAACUUUCCCCCAUGAAACAGCUUUACUUCACACUAUACUCGCCUCAUUACUCAUUAUAUCUACCUUCUCUCAAUACAUUGCCUCAUCACUCCAUAUAAUUGCCUUUACUCCGCUUACAAAAAAAAAGAGAAGAAAAAAACACUAUUUGCUGAUAAAAACAAUGACAAUGUUUAGUAAUUGCUGAUUCUUUUUAAAACUUGAUCAGUAAAAUGUCUGUGUAUAUUAAUUUUCUAUACAUGUUAUAAUGUGUUAAUGACUCAUUAUUGUAAUUGUAUAACUCUUCUUAAGAUUCUACUAUUUUAGUAAUGUGUAAUAUUUUCUAUUACUGUGGAACUUUUCUAGGAACAAAAGACAAAAAGUAGCUAGCCAAACUGUUGAUUAAUAUACCAAAUGAACCAUGAAGCCAGGAAUCCAGGACAACUUUCAGAACAGUCCUUGGUCAAGUCUGAUUGUUUCUUAAACACAACCUUGUCUUUGCUUUGGCUCAUUAGCAGCAGGACAAAAUAACUGCUUGCUCACACCCUUGAACUUUUCUCCUUGGGCCUCUAUUGAAAACAAGCUCAAUAUGGUGCAGUGGACUUGCCUGAUUAACAAACUGCAAAUAAAUAAAUAAAUAUUAAUUUGUGUAAUGUUGUAUAACCAGCUUGGCAUAUUUCAGUAACCAUCUAAGCAACACCAGCUUUUUCUUCAUACAUCUGUGAGCUUUCAUAUGAGGCUGUGCAGGUUGUCAUUGUCACUUCAUUGUUCAGAUGUUUAAAGGAAUAUGAAAGUUGCUGUAAUUCCAAU